AUGUCGGUCCAGCCGCGCCUCAGGCGUCCCAGGUCAGGCAGCCCGGAGCUGCCUACUGUCGAGCGCUCACACUCGGACGAGCUCAAGCGCAACGCCCGUAUCCACCCCCGCCUACCCAUAAGCGAGUCACGCCUCCGCUCCGAGCACAUCACCUCGUAUGCCACAUGCAUGGCCCUCACUGCACUAGCCUUCAUCGUGCGCUUCUGGCGUAUCGCGCACCCCGACGAGGUCGUGUUCGACGAGGUCCACUUUGGCGGCUUUGCCAGCCAGUACCUCCGACGCGAGUACUACUUUGACGUGCACCCCCCACUGGCAAAGAUGUUGAACGCGCUCUCUGGCUGGUUCGUCGGCUAUGAUGGGAGCUUUGACUUUGCGAACAUUGGCGACUCGUAUCCCGAGCACAAUGUGCCGUACAUCGGCAUGCGCGCGUUCGUCGCAGUCAUGGGCGCCGUGACUGUGCCCGUUGUGUAUGCGACUAUGCGCGAGUCGGGAUACCCGGUCGCUAUUGCUGCGUUCUCGGCGCUUCUAAUUCUCUUCGACAACGGCCACGUUACCCAGACCCGCCUGAUCCUCCUCGACGCCGCGCUCGUCCUCUUCAUGGCUGUCUCGCUCUUCUGCUACGUCAAGUUCCACCAGCAGCGCUACCGCGAGUUCGGGCGCGACUGGUGGCUCUGGAUGCUCGCAACCGGCGCGUCUCUUGCCUGCACCCUCGGCUGCAAGAUGGUCGGCCUCUUCACGUUCCUUACUGUCGGUUCCGCCGUCAUCUGGGAUCUCUGGGGCAUCCUCGACAUAAAGCGCGGACACCCCAUGUCCUACUUCUGGCGUCACUUUAUCUACCGCACCAUCGGCCUCAUCAUCGUCCCCUUCAUCAUCUACCUCUCCUUCUUCUGGGUCCACUUCAAGAUCCUCAAGUUCUCCGGACCGGGCGACACGUUCAUGUCGUCCGCGUUCCAGGAGACGCUUGCUGGCAACGAGCUGCUCCUGAACUCCCAGGAGGUCCGCUACUACGACACCAUCACUCUCAUGCACAAGGACACCAAGCAGUUCCUCCACUCGCACCCCGAGCGCUACCCUCUGCGGUACCCGGACAGCCGCAUUAGCUCGCAGGGCCAGCAGGUCACGUGCUACUCGCACAACGACACCAACAACCACUGGCAGAUCAUCCCGACGCACGAGGUGCCGUCGCACGGCCGCGGCCGUGUUGUCCGUCACAACGACGUUGUUCAGUUCCGCCACAUCGGCACGAACACGCUUCUGCUCACGCACGACGUCGCGUCACCGACAAUGCCGACCAACCAGGAGUUCACCACCGUGUCGACCGACGACGAAGCGCGUCGCGAGGAGACACUCUUCCAGCUGCAGAUGGUGGAUGCGCACGACGGUGAGGCGAUCAAGACGCUCGCCUCGCACUUCAAGGUCAUGCACAUGAAGACGCGCGUGCUCCUGUGGACGCACAAGCAGGCGCUCCCAGACUGGGCGUUUGAGCAGCAAGAGGUGAAUGGGAACAAGAACGCCAACGACCGCACCGCGCUCUGGUACGCCAACGACAUUAUCGAGGAUGGACAGGGCCUCGACUUCCGCAACCGCACCGCAAAGGUCGAGGACAAGCCUGUGCGCCACAUCAACUUCUUCAAGAAGUGGUGGGAGCUCCAGAUCCUCAUGCUCCAGCACAACGCUGGCUUAUCCUCGUCCCACCCGUACGCGAGCACGCCGAUUGAGUGGCCAUUCUGCCUGAACGGUGUGAGCUUCUGGACCGAGAACGGCCAGCAGCAGCAGAUCUACAUGGUCGGCAACCUGCUCGACUGGUGGAUCUGUGCGAUCACCGUGUCCGUGUUCGUCGGCAUUAUCGCCGCGGACAUGAUCGCGCGUCGCCGCGGCGUGGAGCCGAUCGAGGAGGAUGUCCGCAACCGCAUGUACCGCAACACGGGCUUCUUCCUCGGCGCAUGGGCGUUCCACUACUUCCCAUUCUACUCGAUGGCCCGCCAGCGCUUCCUCCACCACUACCUGCCCGCACACCUCGCCUCCGCGCUUGUCGCCGGGUGCAUCCUCAACUUUAUUCUCGUCGAGGAGGUCAACUACCCCAUGUCCGUCGCGGGUCCCAGAACGCGCCUCCGCCCCGCCGCGCGCGCAUACGUCUCGCGCAAGGGCCUCAUCGUGCUUGGCGUACUGUCCGCCGCGGUUGUCGGGUGCUUCCUCUACCAGGCACCGUUCACGUACGGCCUUCCGCUGAGCUCUGAGCAGGUUAGCGCGCGCAAGCUCCUCAACACUUGGACCCUCCACUUUGAAGCCAAGGUCACGCACGAUGUCGACAUUCCCCAGGGCGAGGUGCCAGGUCGGGUCGAGGUGCUAGGAGGUCCGAAUGGGUUUGGUGGCUCAGAGGACCAGUUGGCGGACAGUGCGGUCGACAAGGCGGACAGCGCGGACAACGUCGCGUCCGACGAGCCCGAGCUCUUGUAG